AUGACGGUGACCUACUCGCGCAGGGUGGCAGACGCCGGCCUUGGUAGCUUCUUCCACCUGCUCCUGCGCUGGAGAGGGAGCAUCUACAAGCUGCUGUACAGGGAGCUGCUCAUCUUCACCCUGCUCUACAGCGCCCUCAGUGGCAUGUACAGGUUCCUGCUGAAUGAAAGCCAGAAGAGGCUGUUUGAGAAGUUGGCGAUUUACUGCGACCGCUACGCUGAGCUUAUCCCUGUGUCCUUCAUCCUGGGUUUCUAUGUGACCCUGGUGGUGUCGCGCUGGUGGGGGCAGUUUGAGAGCGUGCCCUGGCCUGAUAGGCUGGGCUCGCUGGUGGGCGGGCACGUCCGCGGGGGCGACGAGGAGGCCCGGCUCAUCCGCAGGACGCUGAUGCGCUACGUCAACCUCUCCGGCGUGCUGAUCUACCGCUCCAUCAGCACCGCUGUCUACAAGAGGUUCCCUACCAUGGAGCACCUGGUGCAGGCAGGGUUGAUGACUGCUGAAGAGUUGAGGCAGCUGGAGGUCCUCCCAUCGGCUCACAGCAAGUUCUGGGUUCCCUGCAUGUGGUUCGUCAACCUGACCAUGAGGGCCCGAACUGAGGGGCACAUCAACAAUGACGUGGCCCUCACUGCCAUCCUAAAUGAGCUGAACUCUCUGCGAUCUCAGUGCAUGAAGCUGUACAGUUAUGAUUGGAUCAGUCUCCCUCUAGUUUAUACACAGGUGGCAACGGUGGCGGUCUACACCUUCUUUCUGGCCAGUCUGAUUGGUCGGCAGUUUCUGGACCCUGCCCAGGGUUACCCGGGUCACGACCUUGACUUCUAUCUGCCAGUCUUCACCCUUCUUCAGUUCUUCUUCUAUGUUGGCUGGCUAAAGGUAGCUGAACAGCUCAUUAACCCCUUCGGAGAAGAUGAUGACGACUUUGAGACCAACUGGCUGGUUGAUCGCAACCUUCAGGUGUCCCUGCUGAUGGUGGAUGAGAUGUACGACAGCGUGCCGGUCAUGGAGAGGGAUAAAUACUGGAAUGAGUCUGAACCCCAGCCUCCCUACACCACCGCCAGCGCUGACCACCACAAGCCCUCCUUUAUGGGCUCUGCUCUGGACAUCAGCGUGCCGAAGGAGGAGAUGGAGUUUCAGUGUAAUCUGGAGCAAAUUAAGGAGCACGAAGAGGCCAAUCACUCCACGCCGCUGCUGGGGGGCCUGAGCGGGUUCCUGGGGCUACAGACGGCCGGUUUCCCCCGCGGCUCGGCCUCCACGCGGGCCUCGCUGCUCCGCAGGCGCCCGGGGGCCCCGCUGGGCCGCUUCCCGCUCUACCUGCACCCGGAAGGUUCCGGCAGGCGCAGCCAGCCCUGCCGCCCGGCGGAGUGCGAGGUGGACCCGUCCUUCCCCGCUCUGGCCCUGCACGAGCGGCCCGGCUGCUACAGCUGCCCGCAGACGCCCAUCCACUGCGCCCCCGCGGCCCUGCCCCGGCCCCGCCCGCCCCGCUGGGACCCCUGCUCUCUGGGGCCCCCUGGCGUGCCCCCGCCCCCCUCCUCCGCCCUGCCCUGGCUCUGCCCCGAGGGAGCCUUCUCCUUCCCAGACCCGGCCCCCGAGCCCUGCCCCGUGCCCAAGCUCCUGCCCACCCGCCGGCCCCCGCCCCCCUGCCUGUCCCUGGACAUCCCCUCCCCGGCUGAGGGCCAGGCCGGGCCCCUCAGCGCCCGGGGCCCAGGGAGCGGGCUGGAGAAGGCCUUCUCCUUCACCCCACCCUGCCGAAACCCUGCCAACGCUGGCUCCUGCUCCGGCAGCAGUAACAGCGUCGCCGCGGGUAACCUCUGCAGCGGGGGCUGCCACGGCAACUUCGCCCUCCCGGCCGUCCGCUCCAGCGGUAUUAGCCCCGCCCCCUCGGCGGCGGCUCCACCCGCUGCCCCUCAGCAGCCCUCGCCCAACGAUUCGGGGAUCUCCUUGGUGGAGCGGGACCUGCUGGGGCCCCUGCUGCCCGAGGCAGGAAACAGCCCUGCUCCCAGCGGGAAGGAGACUGAUUGA